AUGGGAAGCCAUGAAACAUCAACUGUCUGCACAAUUGCUUUGAGGCUAUCCAAUGCCAAGAUUGAUGGGCAGUUGAUAUCAUCAUAUCAGGAAGCUCUCCAGGGUGACGCAGACUUGCAAUGUUUUGAAAACACCCUCAAAACCCACAUCAAGGCGGUCAUCAACACCUUCAGAAACGGAGGCCCUUCAACUGGUUUCUUCAAACAAGUCACAAAAUAUUUGCGCUAUUUGACCGAGCAGAGCGUCCACGCACUCUUGAGAUGCAGAGUGAUUGGGAACAAGAAGCUUAAUAGGGCCAGUGAGGAAAGAUUUAAGCUUCUCGCCGACGAGUACACGAACAACAGCUUGCAGAUGCUGGAUUUCUGUUCUGAAUUAUAUAGGUUCCUAAAGGCAGCUCGUAACACGCAUUCAUAUAUCGAAUACGUGACUCAAGAGUGCUUUGCAAUGGAGACUGCCAUGGGAACACGUCACUACGUGAGGAUUUCCAAGAGGUUGAAGAGUCUCAGUGCCUCUGGUGAUGUCUAUGGCAACUAUUCUUCUGCUGAAAGGUUGCUCGAAAAGGUUGAGUGUUUGCGCAAGCAGCAGGAACAGAUGCUUGAGAAGUUGAGAGUUCAAAACGAGAAGCUCGAGAAGAAGGAGAGCUCUGCUCAUACUUGGCGCAAGGUCACGAUUAUACUGUUCGUUGUUGCCGUGGCCGGGUUGCUUAUUUCUAUGAUUGUGACUGCAGCUCUAGCUAUUCCAGCUGUUGCUCCGGCUCUUGGCGCCGCUUUCGUUCCAAUGCUAGCAAGCGCAGAUUGGAUUACCAAUUUGUUUGGAACCUUUGAAAUUGCUUGUAAGGAUCAGCAAGGUGAAAAUGUGUUCAUGCAAGCCGGAACUAGGGUUUCCAUUAAGGAGUUGGGGGACAUAAAGUUUCUUAUUGAUAGGGUUGUGAAUGAGAUUGAUUCGCUCUUGUUCGCUCCAAGCUCCACAAUUAAGGAGCAAAUAGAUUUCACAAUGAAGGAUAUUAAGCUUAAGCUGGAAACGUUUAUGAGGGAAAUUGAGACUUUGCAGGAGGAAGCAAACAAAUGCACCUCUGAAAUACUCAAGGCAAGGGAUAAGGUUGUGAAGAGCAUCAAAUUUCUCAACAACAAAUAA